AUGUCGGGUCUCACAACGGCCAGCGAGAUCAGUGGCAUAGUGUUUGGGGGCAUGUCCGGCGUUGUGAUAGUCGGCAGCGCAAUCGUUUUCUGCUGCAAAUGUCGUUCUUAUACGCAAAUGCUCGCUCGCAUAGCUGAGGGUCGCCCUCACACUGCUGACCUGGAAUAUGCCGAAGAAGGGCUCACACGCCACCCUGAACUCCAGUCACCUGUACGCGCUAUUGCACGUGGGCUUGAAGUUGCCAACCAUCAGGACGCUGCCCAGCGAGUGAGAGCACUACAAGCAAAUGCGCGCCGGCAUGCCGCAGACUCUGGUCGACGCACGAACGAUGCCGCAAGCCAAACACGGUCUGGAAACAACAUCCUCCCCGACCGAGUUCGACCGUCUCGUGAUAGCAGCUCUCCCGGCCCAUCUCGUCCUUCUUCUGAUAAUGAAUCUCCAGCCCAAGCUCGAGCGUCUCGUGAUAACAGCCCUCCCGGUCCAUCUCGUCCAUUUCCUGCUAACAAUUCUCUGGAGCCAUCUCGUCCAUCUCGAGAUGGCAAUUCUGCCAGCCCAACCCGUCCAUCUCAUGAUACCAAUACUUCCAGCCAGCCUCGUCCACCUAGCAGUAAGAAAGGCCAAGGUCGACCUACUAAAGCCAGUGGUGGGGAUCUUGUUACAGGCCAAACAGUCUUGGACGCUCUUGCUCAGACACAGCUAGUGCGUCUAGAAAGAGCGAAGCCUGGUGGUGCGGUGCGGCAGGAGACAAGCCCCAAGGACAAGAGACGCGUGAAAGGCGUGGGACUCCGAGCACCAAAGGAGGAAAAUCUGCCAGUCGUGGUAAGCAUCAUCAAGGACCUACUCGAGAUCGAGACCCGAGAUCUCGCCACUGGCCUGAGAUAG